AUGGAAUGCGACAGGACAGGUGUGUUGUGCGUUGGGCGAGGGCAGUUGGGUAGAUGCGAACACUGUGGUAUUUAUGUGGCUGCCAUACACAGCGAAGCAGUCGGUGCUCUGGACACUGUUAUUUUCACGGAUUUUCAUUCCAAGGUGGAACUUGUCUACGCUCGAUACCAAGCAUGGGACACUUGGAGUUGGCCAACAUUGGCUGAGAUCGAGCGUGCCUACCGCAAGCAGCACCUUUUCCAGAACGCCAAGUCGAAGGGCGGCAAGAAGAUUGCCACCAAGACUAAGCGCUGGUACAAGGACGUCGGUCUUGGCUUCAAGACCCCUGCCGAGGCUAUCAACGGCACCUACAUCGACAAGAAGUGCCCCUUCACCGGCGAUGUCUCGAUCCGUGGCCGCAUCCUCACCGGUGUCGUCCACUCGACCAAGAUGACCAACACCAUCAUCAUUCGUCGCGAGUACCUCCACUUCAUCCCCAAGUACCGCCGUUACGAGAAGCGCCACAAGAACCUCGCCGCCCACCUUUCGCCCGCUUUCCGUGUCGAGGUCGGUGACCAGGUUACCGUCGGACAGUGCCGCCCCCUUUCGAAGACUGUCCGCUUCAACGUCCUCCGCGUGGCCAAGAACAAGGCCGCCAAGGGCUUCUCCAAGUUCUAA